UACCAGAAAGAAAGUAAAUUAGAAAGAAAGUGAAUUAUGCCAAAUCCUGUGGUCCAAAGAUCUCCAGAUGGUUGGAUUGCUCCUGUAUGGAAAGCUGUUUGGUAUUUACUAACUUCUAUACCAAUAGGAGAGGAAUACAGGAAAACCUUACAGCUUAGACAUGCAAUAAAUCUCAGUAAGGGUUUAACAUUUCCGGUGAUGUUUCUUUUAAUACUUUGGUAUAAUAGACUUACAACAGUAACUGCAGCUUAUGCUGCUAUUCAUGGGAGCUAUGGGGUGCUAUGGUUAGUAAAAGAAGAAUUAUAUCGUGAUGCAAGCUGGGAGACACCCUGUACUCUAGGAUCAGCUGUUACUCUUGUUAUUGGAAUGUCUAUAAUGUUCUGGACAAGUCCUUAUCUACUAAUCACAGGAGGAGAAGGUGUGGAACCUGGACCUAUUCAACUCUGUUUUAUUCUUACUCUCUUUAUAUUUGGAAAUUGGCUUCAUCAUUCUUCAGAUGUUCAAAAAUAUUUUGUUCUUCAAGCCAAGAGAGGACUCAUAACUAAUGGUUUAUUCUCGCGAUGCCGAAAUCCCAACUAUCUUGGAGAAAUGAUGAUUUAUGGAUCAUUUGCAGGAUUUAGUAUAAACCAUGAGCUGUAUUGGGUUCCUUGGAUCUAUCUCUUCAUCAUAUGGUCUGGUCUAUUCUUGCCUAGUUGGUUGGCUAAAGACAAAUCAAUGUCGAGGUACAAAGAAUGGUCUGAGUAUACUUCAAGAUCAGGACUCAUUCUCCCCUGGCCGUUUAGUGUAAAAUCCAAUGCAUAAUAUUUAUUAAUAUAGUAAUAUAUUUUACUCUAUAAGAAAAACUGGUUCUCCUAAAACCUCCCAGUUAGGUAUGACACCUAAACCAACACCUUGAGGAACUCCCAUUCUGCCAUUCUUCAUCUCAACACCAGUCAUGUGACCAGUACACACUUUGUUGUAACUAAAUAUAAUUAGAAAAUUAGAUAUGAUAAAUUCGGAAGACGAAUAAUGUUUUAUUUUACUUC